AUGGCUACAAGGCUCAUCUACCACGGCACAUCAAAUCGCAAUGGCGUUGGUAUCAUGUUGAACGAGAUGUUUAGAAACAGCGUCACAGCGGUGGAUCGAUUAUCGGGUCCCCUGAUGGCUGUAAGAGUAGACGCAGAAGAAGUGGAAUUGCGAGUCGUCUCUGCUCAUGCGGCACAGGUGGGCUGUAAUGAAGAAGAGAAGGCGUGCUUUUGGAAAGAUCUGAAGCAGUACGUCCAAUCCCUGGAAGGCAAAAAAGUACUUCAAAUCGGAGGAGAUUUAAACGAACAUGUCGAUUUUCGGAAAGACGGCUUUGAGAGCUGUCAUGGAGCAAACGGCUAUGGAGCUCCUAACGACGACGGGUUGCGAAUCCUGGAGUAUGUUGUUGCAAGUGACUUGAUCAUUGCUAACACGCAGUGUCGGGAAAGAAAAUCGCAUUUGAUCACGUACACCAGCGGCGGUCGUGAACAAAAAUAG